CGUACCAUGUCAUGUGCAUCGGCUUCUCAAGAGCGGAUCCCUCCCCCAUCCCACACUCGAGAUCUAUCCGGUAACUGAGCUGCGUGAAGCCGCAAGAGAAGAUAAAGCGCUUUUCCUUCAUAACUCUUGGGCAUCAGGUUGAUAUUCUCACAAUUUUAAUUACAAAGCAACCCAUGCCAAAGGAAUAUUCUACUUUUGUGUGAUCUACCGGUAGCAUGGUGUUUGACAAGGCCAAGAAAGCCGUGGAGGCGAAAGAAGCCGAAAUCAAGGGACAGAAAUGGUUGUCCGAAGUCAAACAGCAAGAUGGACAGUGGAAAGAUUUGCAGGAUUGGAAGGAUACCUACGAACCUCAAAAGGAAAAGAAGGAAAAGACCGAAGCGCAAAAGAAAAUGGCAGCCAAGGCCGUCGAUGCCGCUUUUGACAAAAUGCAAGAAGGAUUGUCCAAGGCCAUUUUCCAAAUCAUGAUGGAAGCGGCAUCCACGUUGCUGGGGACCACCAACAAACUUAUUGUAGCAUCUGGGAAAGAUGCCAAGCAGCUGCCCACGAUUUUGACAUCCACCAAUGCCAUUAUUCUAUCCUAUCGAUUCGAAACACCCAAGAAAAUCAACAAGUUUGGUUACAUUCGGAAAACGGCUUGUUUGGACUUGACCAAGACAUUGCACUUCUUGUUGCCCGAACGGGGUGCCGCCCAAGUGUCGGAAGACAUUCGAACCGUUCUGGCACAACACAAAGAGGCCACUCGUGCCGACGUGCUCCAAAAAGUCAACUCGCUUCUCGGGAAUGUCAGUGAUGCCAUGGACGAAAAAGGACAGGCCGUUGAACGGGCCGUAAAGAGUGCUUCCAAUACCAUUGGAGCCGACAAGGUGACUGCUGCCACCACCAAAGUCAGUGAAGCGACCGGCAUGACACCCGAAAGUCUCAAGGCACAAAAAAAUGACAUUGUCGCACAGUUUGGAUCCCUCUUUCAGGGUAUUCUGGUCAGUCACAUGGAACAGAUUGAUGCCUUGCUGCACGAUGUCAUCGACAAGGUUAUUGCCGCCAUGGAAAUUGCCAUUCAAAUGAAUAACAAACUGGCCAGUGCCAAGGCCAAAACGCCUGAAGAGCUGCAAGACGUCAUGGUGGAAAUCAUUGACAAACAAUACAAGUUGGCACAGAAACGACUCAAUGGCGAGAUUCAAAAGGUCAUCAACAUGAUCAAGGCAUUGGUGCAGAAUGCCAUGAUUGACAUGGAUGCAGAGUAG